ACAGGGACAGGUAGAGUCAGCCAUGUCGCACAAAGGCCACUCAAUUGUCACAAUAGAAUCCCUGGACUCAGGCUAUGAGCCACGCACAUAUAGGCAGACAUCCCCAUUAGAUUAUUUCACUGACACACUGUUGCUUGUGAGACCAUACUUCAGGGUGGCCAAUCGUAGAUUGCCGCAUAGAGUCCUGUCAUCCAUGGCACCCCCUUUGUUUUUCCCAGAGUUCAGACGCGUCUACUCUGACCUGAAAGGCCCACUGUUGAUCAUGGUGUCCUUGGCCUCCAUCCUUCUUUAUGGCCUCUACAGCCCUGAGCGGACACUAAUGUGGGACAUAGCAGCAACAGCAAAGCUAACUGUGGGAUACUGGCUGGGUUUGUCUGUAUUAGCCUUCCUCCUGGGAUACUUUUGCCAGACAAACCUCACGUUGCCACAGUUCCUCUCCAUCACGGGUUACAGCCUCACUGGCCACUGCCUUGUGCUGCUCAUUGCUGAGGUGCUGCACCAGGAGGAGAACCAUGGAGUUUUCUUCUUUCUUACAACAGUUUUUGGGGGGCUUGCCACAGGGAGGCUCGUCAUUAUCAUCCUGGCUAGAACGCCUGGGCCUGCACAGCGUCUUGUGAUGUGCUCUGUUCUGGCCUGUGUCAAUCUCAUGCAUCUUAUCUACAUCCACUUUGCUUGCAUGAGGAACAAGUUUCAAAUUUAAACAUACAUACAAUUUGAUUUGAUUUUUUUUUUCCCCCCACACAAAUGGUUAUGAGCAUUCUGAUUUAUCACGAGAGGAAUCCGGUGUUACAUAGCUUUUCAUGAGGCAGACUUUUUGACAGAUUUUAAAUGAACUCAGUUUCUUGAUUUUAAUUAAUGCAAGAGAAACCUGUGUUGAUCUUGUUAUUUGUAUAAAGGACGACUGAACAUUAAACAAACACUUUGAUGUAGUUCUGUCAGGAAAGGACUUUGUAAAUAUAUGGAAAGUAAUAAAAAGAAACAAUUCUU